AUGGAUUCAGCCCCACUCUUGCAGCACAGAAGGGGCAGAAAUCUCCCUACAAGCACAGAGACAGAACAGCCACCUCAUAUGCUACUCCUUCUGCAGUCCAGCAUUCUCCACCCCGAGGACCAGGGCCAGCUGGCACAAAACAGAAUUGCAGCAAAAAUUGGAGGAGAUGCUGGCACAUCAAUGAAUUCAAACGACUACGGUUAUGGAGGACAAAAAAGACCUCUUGAGGAUGGAGAUCAACCAGAUGCUAAGAAAGUUGCUCCUCAGAAUGACUCUUUUGGAAAUCAGCUACCACCGAUGCAUCAACAGCAAAGGUCUGUGAUGACAGAGGAGUACAAAGUUCCAGAUGGGAUGGUUGGAUUCAUAAUUGGCAGAGGUGGAGAGCAGAUCUCACGUAUACAGCAAGAGUCUGGCUGUAAAAUACAGAUUGCACCUGAUAGUGGAGGCCUGCCUGAAAGAUCAUGUAUGUUAACUGGAACACCAGAGUCUGUUCAAUCAGCAAAAAGAUUACUUGAUCAGAUAGUUGAAAAGGGACGACCUGCACCUGGCUUUCAUCAUGGUGAUGGACCUGGAAAUGCAGUCCAAGAAAUUAUGAUUCCAGCAAGUAAAGCAGGGUUAGUUAUUGGAAAAGGUGGAGAGACAAUUAAACAAUUACAGGAACGGGCAGGUGUCAAAAUGGUCAUGAUUCAAGAUGGUCCACAGAACACUGGUGCAGACAAGCCCCUUAGGAUAACUGGAGACCCUUAUAAAGUUCAACAAGCCAAGGAAAUGGUGCUGGAGUUAAUUCGUGAUCAAGGUGGCUUUAGAGAGGUUCCAAUACCACGAUUUGCUGUAGGUAUUGUAAUUGGAAGAAAUGGAGAGAUGAUAAAAAAGAUACAGAAUGAUGCUGGUGUUAGGAUCCAAUUUAAGCCAGAUGAUGGAACAACUCCAGAUAGAAUAGCCCAAAUCACAGGGCCUCCUGACAGAUGUCAGCAUGCUGCAGAAAUUAUUACAGAUCUCCUUCGAAGUGUUCAGGCUGGUAACCCUGGUGGACCAGGACCUGGUGGUCGAGGAAGGGGUAGAGGCCAAGGCAACUGGAACAUGGGGCCUCCUGGUGGAUUACAGGAAUUCAAUUUUAUUGUUCCCACUGGAAAAACUGGAUUAAUCAUUGGCAAAGGUGGUGAAACUAUUAAAAGCAUAAGCCAGCAGUCUGGUGCUAGAAUAGAACUUCAGAGAAAUCCUCCACCUAAUGCGGAUCCAAACAUGAAGAUGUUUACUAUCCGUGGAACACCCCAGCAAAUAGAUUAUGCACGACAACUUAUAGAAGAAAAGAUUGGAGGUCCAGUAAAUCCAUUGGGUCCACCUGUUCCCCACGGACCCCAUGGUGUUGUUCCUGGCCCGCAUGGACCUCCUGGGCCACCAGGUCCUGGUGCUCCCAUGGGACCAUAUAACCCGGCUCCUUAUAAUCCAGGGCCUCCAGGCCCUGCACCUCAUGGUCCUCCAGCUCCAUAUGCUCCACAAGGAUGGGGAAAUGCUUAUCCGCACUGGCAGCCACCAAAUCCGCCAGAUCCAGGUAAGCCAGGAACAGAUCCCAAUUCAGCAGCGUGGGCAGCUUACUAUGCUCACUACUAUCAGCAGCAAGCACAGCCACCACCUGCGGCCCCUCCUGGUGGACCAGCUACAACCCAAACUAAUGGACAAGGAGAGCAGCCAAAUCCAGCACCAGCAGGGCAAGUUGACUAUACCAAGGCCUGGGAGGAGUACUACAAAAAAAUGGGACAAGCAGUUCCUGCCCCUGCUGGGGCUCCGCCGGGUGGUCAGCCAGAUUACAGUGCAGCAUGGGCUGAGUACUACAGGCAACAGGCAGCGUAUUACGCCCAGACAAGUCCGCAGGGAAUGCCACAACAUCCUCCAGCACCACAGGGCCAAUAAUAAGAAGUGGACAAUACAGUAUUUGCUUCAUUGUGUGGGGGAAAAAACCUUUGUUAAAUGUAUGGAUGCAGACGCCUUGAUGAAGAUCUUAAUUUUGUUUGGUUAAAAAAAUAGUGUUUUUGAAAAUGUACAAAAUAUCUAUCACUACUGAUAGGAGGUAAUAUUUCUGUGUAGAAAUGAAAAAUGGUUUGUUUUUAGUAUUAGUGUAGAUGUACACAUUCCAGCAAAUGUAUUUGCAAUUAUGUGGUCAAUGCUUUGUGAUAUAAAUGUACUUUUUCAAUGUAUACUUUAUCACUUUUAAAAUGCCUGUUUUGUGCUUUCCAAUAAAUAAUAUGAAACCUCC